AUGACCGACAAGGAGCUCUUCAACCUGGAAGAGAUGUGGGAGCAGGCCGAGGCUAGGUUCAACAGCCGUACCGGAACUCCCCUGCAUCUGAAGUGUGCGACUUGGAAGCAAUUCAUUGAGGAAAUCAAGAAGAUGCGUGAUUCAGACACAUCCUCAGCUCCCAAUGAUAGAUUGGAAAGGGCUAAAGAAUCCGGCGUCAAGAGGGUUCAUUGCUUGAGACUGGUCGGUGGUGUGGCCGCCAGAGCCGGGAGUUUGGUCUCUGGCCCAUCCGAGACGUGCUUCAACGCCCUUGGUGUUCUGCUGGAUAUUGCAUUGAAGAUCCGCGAUUUCCACAAGACAGUGGCUACAAUGUUUGAGGUCUUGGGGCCAGCGCUGUCGGUGUACGAGAUAUACAAGGACAAGGACAAAUUCGACAAUAUUCACCCAGCAGUAGACCGAGCAGUCCACGACAUCAUGAUAAGCUUCGUCGACAUCUGUGGCUUAUACCAAAAGCUUCAUGGGAAUAAGUCGAAAGCGAAAAGCUUUUGGACCGAUUUCAAGGCUGCGAUUCUAAAUGACGACUCCGGUGUGGGUAGCGAGAUGGAGAGAUUCAAAACGUUGACCCAAGUCCAUAGAGAUGUCGAGGUAACACAGACUCUCAACGAGGUUUUGGAAACCAACGACCUUGCCGCCAAUAUGCUUCUGCAAUUCACAGGUUUUCAACACGACGUGUCCAUCCUGAGAAAUUCAGAUGAGGAGCGGAUGUUGCAAAAAAGACAUCAACAACAUCUGACGGUGAUCAAGGAUAAGCUCGGAUGGAACGAAAGCGCAAGCAAGCAGUCCGAAGCGACCCCGAAGAAGAAAUUAGACAACAUCCCUGACGGAACAGCAAACUGGUUCAGGACCGAAGAACAAUUUCUUGCAUGGAUGAAAACGAAACCCGUAGGUGAGACGCAGUCUCGGCCACUCUUCGUAUUGGGAGGUCCUGAAGACACCGGAAAGUCUGUUCUCAUGUCGGCUAUCCUCCGGCAUUCACAAACCACGCCACGUACCAACAGUCCACUGCGCAACCUGGUCGCUGGGUACUUUUUCCCUCCGUCGUCUGGCACCAAAGAUGAGGACAGGCACCCAGUCAGAACAGCUCUCAAAUGCAUCGCAGUACAGCUGGCAGGGCAAGACAGUGUCUUUGCAAGGACCUUACGUCAAAGAUGUGAUGAUCAAGCUGUUAUUGACGACGUUAUCAGAAACGGAACGUACCAGCAACUCUGGGCCUUUCUCGGCAUCGGGAUCCCUAAAGACAAUACGGCGCAUUACAUCAUCAUUGACGGCUUUGCAAGCCUUUCCAAAGAAAAGGAGUGCGAAGAGCAGAUGAACCAGUUGUUUGGUAUCUUGGGCACGCAACUCGAAUCCGAUAGGAGAGUACGAGUGGCAAUCUCGGUGAGGUCGACCAUGAUGUCACUCAUGCCAGAUCACACGAAACGGAGUUCAUUCGUGGUGGACAUCGUCCAGAAGAGCGCAAAAGAUAUUCAAAAGCUCACCUAUGACCAACUGAAGGAAAAGGACCUAUUCCAGGAUGAAGAACAUCGAGAGAUACGAGACUUGGUCGAUCAGAUCGCAGCUAAAGUUCAAGAUGAUUUCAGCAAUAUCGUUACUGUUGUGGAACAGGUCAACAAACUCGUCGAUUCAUGCGAAUCCAGGGAAGACAUCAAAAAAGCCCUCAAGCCUUGCAGCACCGAGUUAAGUGCCUUAUCUGAUGCAAUCAGACGGCUGGAAACUGAACUUGGAGCCAAAGAAAUCGAUGAACUGCAGGAGCUUUUGCGAUGGACAAUGUUUGGUCGACAGAAAUAUUGCUCACUAGACGAGUUGAAUGGAGCAUUGUGGCUCAAGUUUGGGACCGCAAACACACGCAAGACGCAAAAGAAGAUGGCAGCCAAGGGCAGGUACUCCGACAUCUUUACUCUCGACGAGGACCAGGACGUCUGGACCAAGAAUAAUAUGCGCGAGCUACUUCGGCGCCCUGAAAGACAACUUGGAACUGAUGAGACACCGAAGAUCACGGCCAGCUUUGAAAUCACCAAAGGGGGCCUGCAAAGCGUGCAGACGUUCUGUUGGAGCCUAUCCCAGCAAGUGGCUCGACUGAGCUUCAACUUCGAUCAGGCCGCUCUUGCGGCGGGAAAUGUUCGAAAGAGCUUCCGACUCAAUGAGGUCGAUGCCAAUAUAUCCAUGCUCCGUUCCACAUUCAAAAUCCUUGGGGCAAAACCAAAUCCAAGGACGCAGCCGCUUGGCAGAUAUGCAAUGGCCUAUUUACCACAGCAUAUUGAACGUCUUGGAGAUGUAGACCAAUUGGAACGACAGGAAAAGAUCGACAUAGCAAUGGGAUUUGACGACAAGGAAAUCACAACAAUACGGGAAUUCAUCCGCAAACAGCCUAUCCUCGACAACUUGGACAUCAAAGACCAAGAGUGGUUGGUGGAUGGCGUGGUCGAGCAGGAUGAAGUUGAAGUGAUGCUCGGGGAGCUCAGGAGACACCCAGCAGAGGAAGCAGGAAAAGGACGCGGAUCUACCAUCACCACCCAAUUCAGAAGACCCCACACGCGAAAGGCUACGCAAAGCAUGCAGCAAACUGCGAAGCCCCAAAAACCACAGCCUUUAGGAGAUGGACUGCCACACCUGCGGUGA